AUGAGGUCCUUGCAUAGCUAUGCGGAGAAGCUCACAAAAGCUCUCUUCUCCUUUGCAAGCAAACUAGCGCCUGUGAUUAUCUUUGUCGAUGAGGUUGACAGUUUGUUGGGCGCUCGUGGUGGUUCGUUCGAGCAUGAGGCAACACGAAGAAUGAGAAAUGAGUUCAUGGCAUCCAGAGACACGUCCAUUGGCUUCUAUUGUGCAAUUUUCAGUAAAGUAGACAAGGGAAAGAGGAAAGCAUUGAACGCGAAAGAGUUCACAGGUGUGGUGAAAGACAUAGAGGUGGGGGUCAACAUAGAAAAGUUGAAGCAAGCUUUGGCGGCUAGAUGGUAG